AGCCACGAUGGACACUGCUGGCCAUAGCCUCGUGCUCCUCCAGCAGCUGAACAUGCAGCGGGAGUUCGGUUUCCUGUGUGACUGCACCGUUGCUAUUGGAGACGUGUACUUCAAAGCCCACAGAGCCGUGCUGGCUGCCUUCUCUAACUACUAGAUGAUAUUCAUUCACCAGACGAGCGAAUGCAUAAAAAUACAGCCGACGGACAUCCAGCCCGACAUCUUCAGCUACCUGCUGCACAUCAUGUACACGGGCAAGGGCCCGCGGCAGAGCGUGGACCACGGGCGGCUGGAAGAGGGCAUCCGGUUCCUGCACGCGGACUACCUGUCGCACCUCGCCACGGCCAUGAACCAGGCGUUCUCGCCGGAGGCCGUGCAGUCCUCCAACCUGUACGGCAUCCAGAUCUCAACGACCCAGAAACCAGCCGCGAAGCCAGGGCUGCAGGCGGCCCAGGCCCCUUCCGGCAGCGGCGCGGGCAGGGCGGCGACGCAGGGCGACCACGCCCAGCUGCAGCUGUCCCUGGCCAUUGGGCUGGACGAGGGCGCCGCGGACGUGCAGGGCGCCCACCGCGCGGCGCAGGCCGGCGCCGAGCUCCAGAGGCCGCCGGCGGCCGUCAAGCAGGAGCGGGGUGACCCGGAGGCCGUGCCCGCGCAGGGCCAGCGCCCGCCCUCCGCAGAGGCGGCGGGCCCGGCUCUUCCAGAGAGCAGCAGCCGGGCGCACGCGUGCCACUACUGCGGGGAACGCUUCGACGCCCGCGGUAGCCUCCGCCAGCACCUGCACACCCACGUGUCCGGGGCGCUGCCGUUCGGGGUGCCGGCGUCCAUCCUGGAGAGCAAUGACCUGGGCGAGGUGCACCCGCUGCAGGAGAGCCGCGCGGCCCUGGCGCGCCGCCGGCUCAGCGCCCUGGGCGGCCAGGAGGGUGGGCGGCAGCAGCCCGGGCCCGCGGCCCGCGGCCCCGCCGAGCCUCUGCAGAUCAGCCAGGUGGCCUUGAUCUCCAAAGACGCGGAGCCGGUGGAGCUCAACUGCAACUUCUCCUUCUCCAGGAAGAGGAAAGUGGGCUGCGCCGUGUGCGGCCACAAGUUCCUCCGGCGGAGCCAGCUGCUGGAGCACGCGUGCGCGCACAGAGGCAGGCCGCACAGGCACGGCGGCUGCCCCCGGCUGGCCAGCGCGCUGGCCCAGAGCUUCCCGACGUUCUGCGACAGCUGGUCCGACGUCGCCCUGAAGGGGCCCCGCCUGCCCCAGGAACACCUGGAUCUGCCUUGUGCCUUGGAGUCGGAGCUCACGCAGGACAGUGUGGACGCCAUCCUGGUGGAGUAGCAGCUUCUGGAAAAGGAAGCGUCGUCCUGCUCUGUUACUGUCCUCCCAAGUCCCCUUGGCUUUGUCCUUCACAGUCGAGCCAUCAUUUGAAGGUUGCGUAUACCAGGUCCUCUAAGACAUGAACAUGUGGCUGUGAAAAUGUAAGCUCCACUUAGCGCUGGCAACAAUCGUAAAUUAUAUCACCCUUUAGAAAACAGAGGUCAGUGCAGAAACAGGCAGACCUGAGAGUGAACAGUUGCUCAUAGAAUUUCUAGUUUUUUUCUAGAAUUAGUAAAAUGGAAUGGAAUAGGAAGUAAAUGAAAUAGGUUUUAAAGACUGUCCUGAGCUAUCACUUUUGGAUUGUUUCACAUGAGGUCAGUCCCCAUGAGGAUCAUUCUAAAAUAGUCUCUGCCACACAGAACAGUUAAUUGUUUUGUUUUUUUUUUUUUUUUAAAGAUUAUUUAUUUGAAAGAGUUACAGAGGGAGGGAGAGACAGAAACACCUUCCAUCUGCUGGUUCACUUCCGGAUGGCUGCAUCGGCCAGGUCUGAGCCAGGCUGAGCCAGGAGCAGGAGUUCUUCCAGGUCUUGCAUGUGGAUACGGGGCCCAAACACUUGGGCCAUCGUCUACCACUUUCCCAUGCCAUUAGCAGGGAGCUGGAUCGGAAGUGGAGCAGCCAGGACUUGAACCGGCGCCCAUAUGGGAUGCCAGCGUUGCAAGCGUAGACUUUACUGUUUUGCCACAGUGCCAUCUCCAAUAGUUUUUUAAUGCAUAACUAUGUAUUAUAGUGUAUAAAAAUUGUUUUUAAGAUAUAGCUAUACCAAAUCAUGAGUAGUUUUAAAAAUUACUUUUUACUUAUUAGCUCUGCAACAUUACCCAUGUCUUUUAUCUAUUUUUUUACACAUUGAAUAUACCUCAUUGUUAACGAAAACUGUUUCAGUUAGAAGAGAGAAGGGGAAGAGGCAGGCAUCAAUGCACCUGCAACAGAAAGGUGUGUAAACGUGGACAAGCACAUCACACAGGGACCGAGCUCCGUCUACACUGCCUGACGCCCAGGCCGUUACCUUCACCUAGAGCAUCUUCUGAGCUUUCUACCCCCGAGGUUCACUUGAGUUCAGUGAGGAAAGUGAUCACACACAGAUGUCUCUGCCCGCGCCCCAAAGGGUAGGCUAGGUUGCCUGGGUUGAUGUGAAUCUUCUAAAAGUCACUGGGAAAAAAGUUUUUCCGUGGCACAGGUUUCACGUUUUCUGCCCAUAAAGCCAACAGAGGGGCUGCGUUCCAUCGUCUGGAACUGUGCUGAAGAUCCUUGGCGACAGCUUUUUCUCUGCAUACAGUUAACGCCCCUCCAUGCUGGUGACAUUUGAAGGAAUCGCCCAGGGGAGGGCGUCAGUGGUAGAGCCUCCUGCCCUAUCCCUGGGAGAGAGCGGCCGGCCCUCGCCACAGAGCAUGGAGCGGAGUGGUUCCCACAGUGUUUCAGUUUCGGGUGCCAGCAGUCAAGGAAAGCAGGAGGCCGGGGCUCCCGGACAGCCUCCUGCGCUCCGUGCGCUGCUCUGCUGAGAGGGUCUACGUCAGGCCCUUGCAGCCACCCCCAAAAUGUAAGGCUUAGAACAUCCCCACCCACAGAGCCCUGAGCCCCUUCCUGGGGACUGCAUUUCCAGGCCCUCAGCAGCUGGGUAAUUCCAGGCAAGCAGGGAGUGGAGCAGAAUUAUAGGAGAGUCGACUGGAGAAGAGCGCUAGACGGUGCCCUCGGCCAGUGGGCGAGUGAAAAUUCACAGGGCAGCAUUCUGUGGGAGAGAGCAGAAUCCGACCGGCCGUGGAUUGAUCAGACGUGACUGAGGGUGGGCGGAAACAAAUGCGCUGCUCUUCAGGAUCAGAACUUCAUUUAUUUCUUUGGAAAGAUUUACUUAUUUGAAAGGGCAGAAUCACUGGCUCACUCCCCAGAUGGCUGCAACAGCCAGGGCUGGGCUAGGCUGAAGCCAGAAGCCAGGAACUCCAUCCAGGUCUCCCAUGUGGGUGCAGGGGCUCGACCACUUGGGCCGUCUUCUGCUGCUUUCCAGGCACAUUAGCAGGGAGCUGGAUCAGUCGUGGAGCAGCUGGGACUCAAAUCCGGAACUCCUAUGGGUUGUGCCAGUGUCAUGGGCACAGCUUAACCUGCUGUAUGCACCACAGGGCCCUCCCCAUGAACUUUCCCUCACCAGCUCACUGGGCAGUGAUUCAAAGCUGUCCCACCCUCACAGGAGGAACCCAGAUAGCAACGUUGACUUCACGCACUCUAGGUCAUUUGGGAUUUAUUCCCUAGUGUUAUUCUCGUUAAAAUGUUUUUUUCUGUCUACUCCAUGUGCUUCCUUCCUGCCCAGCGUUAGGAGUAGUGGUGGGUGGGAUGGUGGGUAAGGCAACAGCCCGGCUACUACCAGCAGAUGGACCAGGCCAGACAGCGCUAAUCGAAAGCAGAAUGGGAAGACACUUAAGGAAGUUCCUGGGAAAACAGAAGUAAACAAGUAUUAUUUUGGUGCAAAGAAAUCUUGAAAUCCAUGCAUAUAUUUUUCAUAAUAUACAUUUUUCAUUGACUUUCUGAAAACCCCUGGUAUGCAUGGAUUUCCUCGUUUUUUUUUCCCUUGCACCAAAAUAGACUUCUGUUUUAAUUCCAUGUCCCAUAAACUGUUUGAAGUGCGUUUGCGUAUUGAGAAGACAGUGGUUAACUGUAUUUCUAUUCUUGUUCAUGAAGUUCCUUUUAAUACAGGGAACUCAAAGCAAAUGUGCUUCCCUGUGUCCUCAUUUUCUGUUUUAGGAAGUGGAAAAAUGUUAACUGCGUUUACAGAAAAAAAAAAAAAUCCCAAAAGCUGAAUUCCAGAGAACCAAUGAAUAGUAUGGGACUGACCUGAAUUUUUUUUCUCCAUUCAUUCUGAAGACGUGUUUUGUUCUGUUUUAAGAUUUACAUAUUUAUUUGGAAGGCAGAGUUACAGACAGACAUUGGUUCACUCCCCAAAUGGCUGCAACGGCCAGAGCUGGGCCCAUCCGAAGCCAGGAGCCUGGAGCUUCUUCCGGGUAUCCCAUGCGGGUGCAGAGGCCCAAAACACUUGGGCCAUCUUCUGCUGCCUUCCCAGGUCAUAGCAGAGAGCUGGAUUGGAAGUAGAGCAGAUGGGACUCGAACCAAGGCCUAUAUGGGAUGCUGGCACUGCAGUCAGUGGCCUUACCUGCUACGCCACAUCGCUGGGCCCCCAGACAUUUUUUUUAAAGUAAUUAUCAACCCCAACACUGUGCCAGGGUAUAAUUUUUAAAGAUAUGAUUCCUAAGAAAAUCUACUUUAAAAAUUCUUCCAAGUAAAACCUUUAGCCUUGACUACAUCAAACUGUAUACUAAUAUAUAUAUAUAUAUAUAUAUCCUAAUAAUAUAGUGUGGUUAGUGUAAGGAUUACCAAGGUUAAAAUGGAAGUGCCAUUUGUAUUUCAUCCGCAUGUCAGGCAGACACCACACAGACAUUUUCUCUUCUUUCCGGAGUUUACAUGUAGUUGUUCUCUGGAGAGUGGUAGACACUGUUUCAGUAUUUGUCAUUAUUAGCAUAACAUCAGAACUCAACAUCUAAUAUAAAAAUACAGCCUGCCUUAUGGAAGAAAACAAAACGUCUUGAUUUAUAACACUUGAAGGUGUUCCAUCCUGCCCUGCCCUGGCUUUCUGAUUCCCAUGAGCAGGGGUGUUGAGCAUUUGUAUUAGAAUCGUGUCAGUUCUCUCAGUGUUGCUGAUAAAAGCCCAACUGUGCAAGGACACCGGCAUUCAUUCUGCAGCUAAGCCCGUUAACCUCAGCAUUCUGAGUUGUAAAUGCUAGAACAUCUGAGCAGCACUCAUGUAGCAGUUGGUAAUGAAGCAACAAACCCUUUUUUUUUUUUUUUUUUUUUUGGACAGAGUGGACAGGGAGAGAGAGAGAGACAGAGAGAAAGGUCUUCCUUUGCUGUUGGUUCACCCUCCAAUGGCCGCCGCGGCCGGCGCACUGCGGCUGGCGCAUUGCGCUGAUCCGAAGCCAGGAGCCAGGUGCUUCUCCUGGUCUCCCAUGGGGUGCAGGGCCCAAGCACUUGGGCCAUCCUCCACUGCACUCCCAGGCCACAGCAGAGAGCUGGCCUGGAAGAGGGGCAACCAGGACAGAAUCCGGUGCCCCGACCGGGACUAGAACCUGGUGUGCCGGCGCCGCUAGGUGGAGGAUUAGCCUAUUGAGCCGUGGCGCCAGCUAACAAACUCAUUUUUUGCAGCUGCUUUAGAAACAGCAUUACUGCUUGAAUUCUGUUACUGUCUCUCCUGUUAGCGAGGAGGUUUCGUUCUUUGGCAUUAUGGAGAGUAAAACUUGCCAACUUAAACCUUACUGAAAGUUCACCAAACAUACUGCUUUAUAUGUAGGAAGUGAUUUUUUUAAAAGCAACAAAGAAAUGUCAUUCUCACUUCUUUGCUGUUGGUGAUCUAGAUGGAAGAUAGGGAAGGAGAAGGGUGAGGACAAUUCAUAGUAAUUCACUAGUGUUGUUUUAGAAUAGUAUCAGAGAAGUCUCCAAUGAAAACUGGAGGAAAUAUAUGUUAAUCAUGGGAAAAAAUGGGAGAGUGUCAUUCCACUGUAUGUACAGGAGUCUUGGUGAUGCAACUCAGAUCCUUGGUGAUAAUAUCAAUAUUUUCAUAGUCGUUAAGGUAAAACUAGGCCAUGUGAAGAGUUUUCACGUUACUUGUGUUGGUAUGUUUUAAACCAAACGUAGGUCUGUGACAUUAUAAUUAAUUUUCAAGAAUGAAAUCUGUAAGUGAUUAUUGUCUGUGUGUGUGGUUUGUCCUUCUAAAAGCCCGGAUGUGUUAAACACAAAGAACCAGACUGAUUUUUUUGUUCUCAGGACCGGAAGAAUCCAUGCCCUUCAGAAGGGAUCUGUGCUGCAUUUGGUCACUGGGUAGCUAUCACUGCAGUGCCACCAACACUGACCAUCAUCAAGUGCUCUAUUUCAUGCCAGAUAAACUCAUUCCAUCAGAAUAGGCCAAAUGCUACCUUAAAAGGAAACCCAGAUUACAAAAACCUGUACAAUUAAAAAGAGGUCAAAGUACAAGCAACACACAGCACGUACAGGAGAGCGAAAGGAAACAUUGUGGGUGAAACCCCUCUGCCCUAUAUGGGGCUGUGAAUAAGCUUCACAGGCGUUCUUCUCACACGGUUUGUAGGGAGAGGGGGAGAGGGUUGGAACGGAAACAAUGGAUUUCAUGUAUUUUACCAAGACAAAUUAAUGUGCUGUAAUCACAAAUAAAACCUUUUAUUAACUCUGCCCUAA